AUGGGUGCUGCGAUGGCCCUUUAUUCUGCAACUUGUUAUGCUGCAGGUAGGUAUGGAAAUGGAAACCCAUACCCUCUCAAUCUGAGGGCAGUUGUUGGACUAAGCGGUUGGCUUCCAGGAGCAAGGACCUUACGGAACAAAAUUGAAGGGUCACAUGAGGCUGCAAGGCGUGCCGCAUCAUUACCCAUUUUGCAAUGUCAUGGAAAAAAUGAUGAUGUAGUUCCUUACAAAUAUGGAGAGAAAUCAGUCAACUCCUUGAAUUCAGCAGGAUUCCGAUACCUUACGUUCAAACCCCUUGAUGGGCUUGGUCAUUACACUAUCCCUAAAGAGAUGAAUGAAGUCUCCAGUUGGCUAUCUGCAAGGCUGGGGCUUGAGGGGUACCGCUCAUAA